AUGGAUCCAACUGCUACUGGCCUGGGGUUCUAUCAUGUUGAUGUUCCUCUGCCAAGCGAAUCUAGUUGGCUGAAUUACAAAAAUUGUGCUGUUCUGAGAGUAAUGAAAGGUGAAGUUUCUACUUCUGAGUUGCUUGUUCAGUUAAAUGGAAUUUUCUGCAAAAACAAGGAGUGGCCCUGGCAGAUCAGAGAAUUGGAGGAGAAGAAAUUCUUGCUUAGAUUUCCUCCAUGGAAGAAUGUGGAAGACCUGAUUGAGUUCCCAGCAUUUAAUCUUUCUAAUGAUGGUGUUUCAGUUAAGAUCUGCGAGUGGGAAGGGAUGCUUGAUGAAUUUGGAGAACUGAAAGAAGCUUGGGUGGUUGCUAAUGGAAUUCCACCAAAAUGGUGUGCUUGGAAGGUUUUUGCGCAAGUUGCUGGAUGUUUUGGCAUCCUUGUGGAUGUGGAUUGGAAUGGCAUUUUCAAGAGCUUCUAUGAAACAAUCAGAAUCAAGAUAGCUUGUAGAGAUCCUUGCAAAAUUCCUUUUGAGAGACUGGUGGAGAUGAAGAAGAAACUCUACCUGUUAUUUUUCACUGUAGAGGGUUUUGAGCAAGUUGGUGAAGAAUCAGAUGGGAAUGAUGAGGAUCCUGGUCAAGAUAAUGAAGAUGGAGGAAAAGAAAAGCUGGAUGAGGAUCUGACUGAUAAGGAUUCAAUGGAAGAUAACAAAGAGGAGCCUUUUGAUGGAUUGGACAGAGCAAACUUCACAUCCACACAGAAAACUAACUCAGGUCCUAGCAAACAAGUGCAGCAGGUCUCUGUUUCUACAGAGGAGUUUCAUCCAGUAAACAUGAAUGAUGAGGUCCAUGACAACUUCUUGGAGGAAAUCAAUAAAAGUGGACAUAGAGACAAUGAGAAACCUGGGUCUGAACCAGAGUUCGGCACCCCGUGCUCAUAUCACCUGCUUCCUGAAGAUACUGAGAAAAUUCCUAUGUCUGUAUGUACAUUUGGAAUACUGCUCUGAACAGCUUAGUAAAUUUGACAUUCAGGAGACAAAUGGAGAAGAAGAAGACAUGGAAACUGAACUGCAAUGCCUUCCUGAAGAUCUGGCUAUGGCUAUUAGCUCUGUUAAAAGGUCGUUGAUUGAUUCUAUGGACAAUGCAGAAUCAGAGAAGAAGAAGAAGCUCAAUAUCAAGGAUAAAACUGCUUGGGGCCAUGUUCUAAUCAACAGACCUAGAACCAGAGAUCAUGGAAGUAUAAAGAUCACGGACAAAGCAAAUGCUUACUUGCUGAAGAACCUUGAAGUUCCUACUACUUUCAAAGGGCCUAGCUUGGAGAAGGAUGAACAUUGGAGCAAGAACAAGCAUAGAGAUGAUGGCAUGCGCAAGGGGAACAAGAACGGAG